AUGUCGGCUGCACAAUCAAUUGACCGUUCCCAAUUUGCACCUUUAAAGAAUGAUUUGAUUCUAAGAGCUGCUAGAGGUGAAGUGGUAGAGCGUCCACCAUGUUGGAUUAUGCGUCAAGCAGGUCGUUACUUGCCAGAAUAUCAUGAUGUCAAGGGUAAGCGUGAUUUCUUUGAGACUUGUCGUGAUGCUGAAGUUGCUGCUGAAAUUACAAUCCAACCAGUUAGACGUUACAAGGGUUUGAUUGAUGCUGCCAUUAUAUUUAGUGAUAUUUUAGUCAUUCCACAAGCAAUGGGUAUGAAAGUUGAAUUAAUUGAUGGUAAGGGCCCUCAUUUUCCUGAACCAUUAAGAACUCCAAGUGACCUUCAAAAAGUUUUGGAUUAUGAAGUGGAUGUCCUAAAAGAAUUAGAUUGGGCUUUCAAAGCAAUUACGUUGACAAGAAAAAACCUAAAUGGUGAAGUACCAUUAUUCGGGUUUUGCGGUGGUCCAUGGACUCUACUUGUGUACAUGUCAGAAGGUGGAGGUUCUCGUUUAUUUAGAUAUGCAAAAGAAUGGAUUAAUUUAUACCCUGAACUAUCUCACAAGCUAUUACAAAAAAUUACAGAUGUUGCUGUAGAAUUUUUAGCUCAACAAGUUGUAGCAGGUGCACAGAUCUUACAAGUCUUUGAAAGUUGGGGUGGUGAGUUAUCAUCUGUUGAUUUUGAUGAAUUUUCCUUACCAUACUUAAAAAAUAUUGUUGAACGAGUUCCAAAAAGAUUAAUUGAGUUAGGUAUCACCGAACAUGUUCCAAUGACCGUUUUCUCUAAGGGUUCAUGGUAUGCAUUAGACAAAUUGUGUAAUUCUGGUUUCGAUACUGUUUCCCUAGAUUGGUCAUGGGAUCCAAAAGAAGCUGUCAAAAUCAAUAACGGAAGAGUUGUUUUACAAGGUAACUUGGAUCCAGGUGUGAUUUAUGGUUCUGAUGAAAUUAUAACUAAGAAAGUUCAAUAUAUGAUAGAAAAUUUCAAUGGAUCUAAGAAAAAUUAUAUUAUUAAUUUUGGACAUGGUACGCACCCAUUUAUGGAUACUGAAAAGAUCAGAUUUUUUUUAAAAGAAUGUCAUAGACUUGGUUCAAACUAA